GGAGGAGCUUUGGUCUGUCAUUCUCAAGUCCACACAGGUGAGAGUGCUGCUGAAGGAAUGUGUGCUGAGCGAAUGUGCAAAGGACAGAGGGAAAGGUGGAGCGACCUCGUUACCUCACGAAGCUAGGAAAAGAAAGGAAGGGUGUUGACUGCAAACCCACCUGAACAACUUGAGCAAGAGAGGAGGGACCAGACACACAUUCACACUUAAACACGAGUCGUAUGUGGGGGAAAUAUUCAGUCCAUUUUGCACAGCGAGCUAGGAAGGGGGCUUUUUUAAUUCUCUUGCAAGCAAUAAAAGUUUGUCCGUGGCUUGGAUUUGUAAAGACGCAGGUGGAAAACCAGCUCUGUUCCCCUCUUCUGUUAAUAAUUGGACAAGGAGAGAAUUAAGGAUUUUGUUUUUAGAGAAUUUUUGCUGUUUCUCUGGACUCUGGGACUUGGAUUGGGAAAGAACAACCUAAGAGACUGAAAUGGGAGGAUGGGCGAUACGUCUGGCUGUGGGGAUCUUCCUUCUCUUGCUUGCUGCGACAGACAGUCGUGCUGAUGAAGUGAAUCACUGCACUGCUGCCAGGACCAAAACCUGCUCAGAAUGUAUUCAGGUUGGCGCAGGAUGUGCGUACUGCCCUGAUGAGGUCUUCGAGCAUGAGCGUUGUGACCUGAAAGAAAACCUGGAGGCCCAAAAAUGUAGCAAAAUAGUAAAUUUUGAGAGCAGCAGGCAAAUCCAAGAGAAUGUGAAAAUCAACGAGCAACUGAAGCAGUCUCAGGUGUCCCCUCAGCUCAUGAGCAUGACGCUUCUGCCCGGGGAGGAGAAAGAGGUGGAGAUGGAGGUGUUUGAACCCACCCGUGGCCCACUGGAUCUCUACAUCCUCAUGGACUUCUCCAACUCCAUGUCUGACGAUCUGGACAACCUUAAGAGGAUGGGAGAAAAGCUGGCACGGCUUGUUGGCGAUCUCUCUGACGAUUACACCAUCGGAUUUGGCAAGUUUGUGGACAAAGUCACCGAGCCUCAGACAGACAUGAGGCCAGCCAAAUUAGCUGAGCCGUGGUCCAAUAGCGACCCUCCAUUUUCCUUCCGUAACGUCAUCAAGCUCACCAGCAACAUCACCUCCUUCAGACAGAAGCUACAGAAAGAGCGUAUAUCUGGCAACCUUGAUGCUCCAGAAGGUGGUUUUGAUGCCAUCUUACAGACUGCUGUCUGCCAGGACCAAAUUGGCUGGAGGAAAGACAGCACACACUUGCUGGUCUUCUCCACUGAAUCAGCUUUCCAUUAUGAGGCAGAUGGUGCCAACGUGCUCGCUGGCAUCUUGGACCGCAAUGAUGAGCAAUGCCAUCUGAAUGUAGAUGGAAACUACACGCAUGAUGUUCGUCAAGAUUACCCAUCUAUACCGACUCUAGUGCGACUUUUGGUGAAACAUAACAUCAUCCCAAUUUUCGCUGUUACUAAUCACUCAUACUCAUACUAUGAGAAACUUCAUGAAUACUUCCCCAUUGCUGAGCUGGGACAGUUACAGGAGGAUUCAUCUAAUAUCCUGAGCAUUUUAGAAAAAGCUUUUGAGAAUAUUCGUUCCAAGAUCAGUAUUCGUGCAGAGGACAGACCAAAGGCAGUGGAAACCAAGAUUUUCUCUCAGUCUGGCACCUUUUCUGAAUAUGGCAAUUUCAAAAUCACACCAGGACAAACUGGUAAAUUUAAAGUGCGUAUGAAGGCCCUUAAUCAGGUAGGAGAAGAGCCCGUGUGUAAGGUCAACCAGGCUGACCGCGCAGGAACCUUGAGAGUCAAGCCCACCACCUUCAGCUCUGCCUUUAAAAUCAAUGCAGAGGUGCUCUGUCCAACCUGUGACUGUGAAAAGACCCCGGUUAAAAAUGCAGUGCGCUGUACUGGCCAUGGAGAUCUGGUCUGUGGGAAAUGCCAGUGCUAUGCAGGAUGGCUCGGCCCUUUGUGUAACUGUUCAGCGGGCGCCUCCACAGACUCUGUCAUGUGCAUAGAACGAGGAAAGACAGAGCCGUGCUCAGGCAGAGGAGACUGCAUGUGUGGGACCUGUGUGUGUUAUAACCCCAACCAGUUUGAAGGGCCCUACUGCCAGUUUGACAAAUCUCAGUGCCAGAGAUUUGGUGGAUUUCUCUGUAAUGAGCGUGGAAGCUGCAGCAUGGGCAGAUGUGUUUGUUCUCCGGGAUGGAGUGGAGAGGCCUGUGAAUGUCCCACCAGCAAUGACUCAUGCCGGGAUAGCAAAGGGGGCAUCUGUAAUGACCGUGGUGUGUGUAAAUGUGGCCGCUGUGAGUGUGAACACUCAGGACUUCCACUGAGUCCUACCUGCGAAGCCAACUUUCAGCAACAAGUGGGUAUGUGUGAAGCCAAGAGGAGCUGCGUCCAGUGCCAGGCCUGGAGCACCGGUGAAAGGAAAGGACGGAAAUGCGAUGAGUGUCCCUUCAAAAUUGUCAGGGUGGAUGAGCUUGAAGAAGAUAAAAAUGUAAUCGAGACAUGCAGUUUCCGUGAUGAAGAUGAUGACUGCACAUAUCACUAUAAUGUGAAUUAUCCAUCGAACAUCACAGACAAAGAACACCGCGUCCUAGUGAAGAAAAAGAAAGAUUGUCCACCUGCAGGUUUCCUGUGGCUCAUUCCUCUCAUUAUGUUUCUGAUGCUGUUACUUGGUUUGCUUUUGCUCUGUUGCUGGAAAUACUGCGCCUGCUGCCAGUCCUGUCUUGCUCUUCUCCCGUGCUGUGCAAGAGGUCGUAUGGUGGGCUUUAAAGAAAACCAGUACCUGCUACGUCAGUCUUUUCUGCAAAAUGAUUAUUUGGACACCCCAAUGGUGCGCAGCGGCCCGCUCAAGAGCACAGACGUUGUGCGCUGGAAAGUGGCAGACAAUGUUCAUCGAGGAACGAAUCACCCCCAGAACCAAAUCAGACCCAACCCCAAAGAGACCAUCCAGUAUCCUGUUUCUCUUCGUCUGAACCGCCAGUUUUCAGAAGUUCUUUCUAACCCUGACGCUCGGGACACAGACAUGCUCAGACGAGAAGUAGAGGACAACCUCAAUGACGUGUUCCUGCAGAUCCCGGGCGCACAACCAGUGCAGAAGACUCUGUUCAGGACACAAAGAAAUUCUGGAAAGAGACAGAACAACACAAUUGUGGACACAGUUUUAUCUGCCCCUCGCUCCAGUUACCCAGAUAUUGUAAAACUGACAGAUAAACAGGUUCAGUCUGGAAACUUCCGGGACCUGAAGGUGAUUCCAGGCUACUACACUGUGGCUUCUGAUAAAGAAGCAGCAGGCGCAGUGGAGUUUCCGGAGAACGUGGAAUCAGUGGAUGUUCGGGUUCCUCUCUUCAUUAAAGAUGAGGACGAUGAAAAGAAGGAGCUGCUUGUGCAAGCUGUGGAUGUUCCAGUCGGAAUCGCAAAGAUUGGAAAAGAUCAUGUCAACAUUACAGUGCUUAAGGAACAGGCUUCGAGUGUCUUUACCUUCCUGGAGCCGUCAUAUACCUACAGCCGUCAAGAUGGAGUGGCCAACAUCCCGAUCAAACGUCAGAUCAUAGAGGAUGGACGGGCACAAGUCACAUACAGCACAGCAGACCUCACUGCUAAAGACAAGAAGGACUAUAUUUCGGUAGAUGGAGACUUGAGCUAUGGAGCAGGUGAAACAGAGAAGAUUGUCCCAGUGAAACUUCUGGAACUUGGAGAGCAAGAUGGCCUGCUGGAGGACAAGCAGGUCAAACAGUUUGUCAUGGAUUUGACCAACCCACGACAAAGUGCUAAACUAGGCCGUUACCCACGCACUGUUAUCACCAUCGCUGACAAACCAGAAUCCAGUGUUAUGGCGUUUAAGAAGAGUACUCAAACUUUCAGUACCACCGACUCGCUCUACACCAUCCCGGUGGAACGCACUGGAAACCGGGAGACUCCGGCCACUGUGCACUGGCGCACCAACAAGGCCUCGCGCUUCGACAUCUCCAGCCCUCUCAAAUUUGCACCCGGUGAAGCUGAAAAAAAUAUCCUCAUCAAUCCUCGUACACAUCCAUCUCCCAUCAUACCUGAGAAAUUUAACCUGGAACUAUUAGACCCAAGCAACAAUGCAAUUAUCGGAAAGAGGAAGACCACGGAGGUGAUCGUCACCGACGGUCGAGGGGAUGGUAAAAAUCAGGAUUUCCAGAAGAUGGAAUAUGUUACUCAAACAGCCACAUCCCCCGGAGGACGCCUCUAUUCUCCAGCCAACAUUAAAGCCGUUGCUACCGGCCCUAAAAACAUCCGCCUGAACUGGAAACCCAGCCAAAAUGCCAAUGGUUACAAGGUGAAGUACUGGAUUUAUGGAGACCCCGAAGAUAAAGCUAAAUUUAUGGAUGUGAAGACGCCUCAAGCCGAGCUGACAAAUCUCGAUCCAUACUGUGAUUACGAGAUGCGUGUUUGUGGCUACAAUGCACUUGGAGAUGGCAAUUACAGUGAUAUCAUCCAAUGCCAAACCCUGGAGGAUAUACCUGGUGAACCUGGUCGUCUGGCUUUCAACGUCAUCAGCCCUACUGUUACUCAGGUUAGUUGGGCGGAGCCAGCAGAAGCCAAUGGUAUCAUCACUGGCUAUGAGGUCAUCUACAUGCCCAUUAACGAGGACAAGAAGCCUACAGGACCUCCUAAGAAGGUGAUGAUUGACAACCCUAAAAAGCGCAUGUUGCUCAUUGAGAACCUGCAACCUUCUCAGACCUACUGUUAUAAAGUGCGUGCCAGCAAUAAGGUGGGCUGGGGCCCAUACAGAGAAGCCACAAUCAACCUGGCAUCACAGCCUACCAGACCCAUGUCAAUUCCCAUCAUUCCCGACAUUCCCAUCGUGGAUGCAGAAGCUGGCGAAGAGUACGACAGCUAUCUGAUGUACAGUAAUGAAGUCCUGCGAUCCCCAACGAGCAGCCUGAGGCCUAGCGUCACAGAUCUGUCUGAUGAUCAGUUCGUGAACGGAAAGUGGGAACAGAAUUUCUUGUUUCCUGGAGGAGGAGGUGGUUCCCUCUCCCGCAACAUCAGCUCUUCCUCAACCACAUACAGCCAUUCCACACCGCGUACCAAUGUGACCAACAACAGCUCCACCACAACGUACAUCUCUGGCAAAGGAGGCUCAACUACACACAGAUAUGAUGUAAGAGACGGUGGACUUCUCAAAGAAGACGUGAUCCUGAGAAAACGCUCUGAAAACAGGCAUUACACAGAAGGUGAUGGUGUGAGGGACUCAAUCGUAAUGGGAAACCUGUCUGGUGGACUUUUGGACAAUUUAGGGGUCUCUAGCUUCAGCCAGACUACAUCUACCAGCUACAGCUUGAGCUCCAGAGCUCGUACUCAGUCUGAAGAUAUCAACGAUGCUCUGCUGAACCUGGAUAGUGUUCUUCAGGAAUCGCGCUUCACCCCGGGUGUUCCCGCGACUCCCAGCAGACUGGUGUUUUCAGCUCUGGGCCACACGGCUCUCAAAGUGAGCUGGCAGGAGCCACACUGCGAGUCUGAUGUACUGGGAUACUGCGUCCUUUACCAGCUCAUCAAUGGAGGUGACGUAAAACGUAUCGAGGUGAACAAUCCUGCUCAGAACUCAGUGCUGGUUCAGGAUCUCCUGCCUAACCAGUCCUACAUCUUCAAAGUCAAAGCACAGAGUCGAGAGGGCUGGGGUCCUGAGAGAGAGGGCGUCAUUACCAUUGAGUCCAACGUCGACCCCAAGAGUCCACUGAGCCCAGUGCCCGGGUCUCCGUUCACUCUCAGCACUCCCAGCGCUCCAGGACCUCUGAUCUUCACAGCGUUACGUCCAGAUACACUGCAGCUGAGCUGGGAGAAACCCCGAAAACCCAACGGAGACAUCCUGGGAUACGUGGUGACCUGCGAACAGCUGCAUGGUGGAGGAGAUCUUCGCUCCUUCCAGGUGAAUGGCAAUGCAGCCACUUCAUUGACUGUCUCUGACCUGAAAGAAAACAUGCCUUACAAAUUCAAAGUUCAAGCUCAGACCACGCAGGGCUUUGGCCCAGAGCGAGAGGGAAUCAUCACCAUCGAGUCCCAGGAUGGAGGCUCCAUGUCCCAAUACAGCAGUCAGUCGGUCACGAAGAGAGAGGUGUUCAAUCUGCCCACAGAAAUCACACACACUUCACACACCAUGUUCUCAGAGCCCUUUGUUUCUUCAGACGGGAUGAUGAUGAUGUCGAGCAGGCAGAUCACAGAGUCGGGUGGCUCCAUGACACGGCAGGUGGAGAUGGUGCAGAGAGGAGUGAUGUCCAGCAGCACCGUCACCAAGAGGCUGGAGAGACAGUACUACGAGGCCUGAAAACAGAGCUCCUGCAGUCUCAUGAACACCAAAGCCUUCAAGCCUUGAUCAAAUGUGGAAUGUAAAGACUUAAUUAAACCUUUGAGUGUUAUUUCAACCAUUCCAAACAGGUAUUUGUUAAAACCUAUUUGUUGCAACAAACCAUGUUUCCUACAGAGUGUAGAUGUCGAGUUCUGGAAUUAAAAGAAAAACUCCAUUCUUUUCUCCAUAGGGAAACUGAUAAACCUUUUAAAGGAAUAGUUCACACAAAACUGAAAAUUCGGUCAUUGUUUACUCACACUUCUCUAGAAGAUAAAAAUAAAAAAACGUUUAAAAUCAUUGAUCAAUGACUUCCAUAGUAUUUGAUUCUUCUACUAUGGAUGCCAGUGCCUACCGGUUUCCAACAUUCAUCAAAAUAUCUUCUUUUGUGUUCAACAAAAAAAAAAAAACUCAUAAAGGUUUGGAACCAAUUUAGGGUGAGGUAAAUCGUGAGAAUUUUUUUUUUUUUGAGUGAACUAUCCCUUUAAAUUUGACCAUUUUUAUCCCUCUGAUGUUUUAUGUGCUUUUUGCUGAUCUGGUCAAAUUUAUUCACCCUACUUUUUAAACGAUUGUUUAAUUGCAGAAUUCAAACUACAUUACCCACAAUACCACACACUAUUCAGAAAAUUAGCCAAAUAGAGAGCUUUAUCAAAUAGAGUGCUCCAAAAAAGCUGUUUAGCACCGCCCACUUACAGCAAUGCUAAUUAUCAUUCUUAAAAUGUUAAAAUGUUUAUGUAAAUAUGCACAAUUAUUUAAUGGCAGAAUUCAAACUACAUUCCACACGAUUCUAUUUGGAAAAUUAGCCAAUCAGAAAGCAUUAUCAAGCAGACUACACCAAAAGAGCUGUUUUGCACCUCCCACUCACAGCAAUGCUAAUUAUAAUUCUUAAAAUAUUUAUGUAAAUAUGCACAAUUAUUUAAUGGAAGAAUUCAAACUACAUUACCCACGAUUCUAUUUGGAGAAUUAGCCAAUCCAAGAGUGUUAUCAAGCAGAGUCCUCCAAAAGAGCUGUUUAGCACCGCCCACUCACAGCAAUGCUUAAUAUCAUUCUUAAAAUACUGAAAUGUUUAUGUAUAUAUGCACAAUUAUUUAAUAGCAGAAUUCAAACUACAUUACCCACAAUUCUAUUCAGAAAAUUAGCUAAUCAGAAAGUGUUAUCAAGCACAGAGUACCCUAAAAGAGUUGUUUAGCACCGCCCACUCACAGCAAUGCUACUUAUCAUUCUUAAAAUACUGAAAUGUUUAUGUAUAUAUGCACAAUUAUUUAAUGGCAGGAAUCAAACUACAUUACCCACAAUUCUAUUCAGAAAAUUAGCCAAUCAGAGAGCAUGAUCAGUCAAAGUACUUUCAGAAUACUGGAAUUUUCUGCCCUGAACACAUUGUAGCGUUUAAUUUGUCACGACAAAUGUGACAGGAUACACGUUAAUAUCCACUGCUGUUUGGAUCACAUUUGAUGAUGACUGAUGAUCACAGAGAGCAGAACAGAUCUUUUAAUCCUAGUUGUUUUGCGUAAAUUCUGUCUUGUUCAUAUAAUUAUACGUGUUACUAUGGAGACAUGUUAAUAUGCGGCUGUCAAUCUCAAUCUCGGCGUGCGGGGAAACUGCACUCAUACGUCACGUUGCAGAGGGCCUCAAAAUGGCAGGGAUUCUUAUCCUACUUUAACGCCAGGAAAAAAAAAAAAAAUAGAGACUUAUUGUGUUCAUAUCACCCCAAUAUGACUGUGGACACACUAUAGCUCCACACAGUUCUGUCCAAACAUAGGUGCCCUUUAAAGUAACAUAAAAACAUUUGUUAUCAUAACUUUUUGUCGUGUAAUUUUUUGGCAGUGUGUCAUUGUAGUAAUUUCCCUCACUGAAGGAAAAUUUUACCUUAGAGUUUUGUAGCUUUGCCUUUUUUGUGCGGUUUUCUUCCCUGCAAAGCAAAGUUUGGUUGGCUUCAUUGUUUAUUAUGCUUAAAGACUUUGGAAAUCCCUUUUGGAAAACUAAAUUAGAAAACUACUUCCAGAACCAGCAUUGCUGAAAAAGUGUGGGCACUUAUCUACUAUACGUUUUUUCUUCUGUUGCUUAUUUUGAAUGUCAGAUUUCAUAUCAUGAUGUUUAUAUCAUUGAUGUUAAGUUGUAUCUAGUUUCUUGUAGAGGUUUUUUAAAUGUAUUUUUCACAUUAAAUAUGCAAUGCCUCUUGAUUUAAAACAUAUACUUUCAGAUGCUCAUUAGUAUUUGUCCUCUUCACUCAAAAAACUGAACUUCUAAAAGGUUGCAUAAAAAAAAAAUGUUGCAACAUGAGCGCAUGCAUAUGGACUUGAUUCUUAAGACUGUAAAUACGUUACUGAGGUUUUGUUUUUUUUAUUGCCUGGUUGCAAGAUGUGCUUAUGUAACUCCAGGCCUGUUUUUCCAGAUGACUUAAAGUUUGCUAGGUUUGUACACGAUUGGAAACGAGUACCAAUCCCACACCUAUGUUCAUUUAAACAACUUUUGAAAGCAAUCUGUAUGAUACUUUUUACUUGUAGGGAGUUUUUUUUUUUUUUUUUUAGAUAUUUUAUAUAAAAAUUGCAUUUCAUCAUCAUAUUCAAGCAUUAUUAUGUAGUGCGCAAGACUUUUCACUGCAUAUCAGUUCACCACACUUAAUGAAACAAUAAAUCCUCUUACCG